CACCCACCCACAGAUUCUGCCUCCACCCCUCACCUCUUGCAAAAUCAUCCCCUCUACUCCUCCUCCUCCACCUUGUUCUAGUAUAAACACGCAACAAAGCCCAAAUAAAUAUCUCCUAGCUUUUCUCUCCCCCAUUUCCAUCCUCCGCUCUUCACAAAGGACCUUCCCUUCUGUUACCAUCAGACAAGAAAAGAAAGAAAGGAACAAGACAAAAAGAAAAACUGAACCGUUCAAGGUUCCAGAUCCGCUUUUGUCAGUUACAGCUAAACAAAAUUACCGGAUAUUUCUCUUACCCGUUUUUUCUUCUAUUUUUUUUAACUAACUGACCCAAAAAAAAAAUAAAAGAUAAAAGCUUAACAGAAACGGUCAAGCCCAAAACCCCAUCAUGGGAAACAUCAGCAGCAACAACGUUAACGGCCGAAGGAGACACGGAAGCCGGCGGAGCCACCCUCCACCGCCCCCACCAGCACCCCUGCAGCCGGAAAUCACGCCCAGCCGUUACGUUUUCACAGCGGCAACGCCUUACCCUUCGCAAUACCCUAACCCUAACCCCCCACCAUAUUAUCAGUACCCUGGGUACUAUUCACCCGCGAUGCCCGUGCAGUCGUCAGCUCCGUACGAUCACCGCAACCGGGUGGACCAACCGGCGGCUCAUUGGGUAGGAGGGAGGUACCCAGUGAUGCCCCAACCGGCUCCUUAUGUAGAGCACCAGAAGAUGGUCACUAUAAGGAACGAUGUUAAUUUGAAGAAGGAUAGUUUGAGGCUUGAACCGGAUGAGGAGAAUCCAGGGAGCUAUCUUGUUACUUUCACAUUUGAUGCUACUGUUGCUGGAAGCAUCACUAUUAUUUUCUUUGCGAAAGAAGGUGAGGAUUGUGUCCUGACACCAACGAAGGCAGACCUUCCACCAGUGACAGUAAAUUUCCCACAAGGUCUGGGCCAGAAGUUCAGACAGCCUUCUGGAACAGGGAUUGAUUUCACCUUGUUUGAGGGGAAAGAGUUGUUAAAAGAGGGUGAGAUGGAUGCCUAUCCUCUAGCAGUAAAGGCAGAGGCAUCCCCUGCAAAUCAUAAUGGAACAGAAGGAAACCAAAUGUCUGGAGCUAUGAACUCUCAGGUAACGCAAGCAAUAUUUGAGAAGGAGAAAGGAGAGUACCAAGUGAGGGUAAUGAAGCAGAUCAUCUGGGUUUAUGGGAUGAGAUAUGAGCUUCAGGAGAUAUAUGGGAUUGGAAAUUCAGUUGAGGGUGAUGUUGAUGCAAAUGACCCAGGUAAAGAAUGUGUCAUUUGCCUGUCAGAACCACGGGACACUACUGUUCUUCCUUGCCGACACAUGUGUAUGUGCAGUGGCUGUGCAAAGGUUUUGAGGUUCCAAACAAAUAGGUGCCCCAUUUGCAGGCAUCCAGUUGACAGGCUUCUAGAAAUAAAGGUCAACAACGCUCCUGAUGAAUGACUAAAGAGUUGCUGCUGCCACAUGUAUAUGUAUAGUAGUUUGUUGAUCUUUCUCCGAUUCUGUUAUUUCUUUUGGCUCCAGCAUCUUAUUUUCCUUUCAGAUUUCCUGCAUCUCCAAUAAUCAAACAGGAAAAUAUGCAAUGUGGGAUGGUUAUAAUACCGGCAUUGUGCCAAAUAUGCAAGCCAAUGCCUCCAGCCUGCAUUCGGAAGUCCUUAGUGGCAGCUUCUCAGAAUUUUAAAGAAAUAUAGUAUAUGUUUGGUUUCUCAA